AAUGACCUAUGGGCUGCCGCUCUCCAAACUAUCGGGGACGAAGUGAGAACUCAGAUCGAUGUUACGCAAGGGAACAGACUUAAGACGGUCGACGAGCUUUUGGGGGCUACCCAACGAGCAAGGGAACGCUUGGCAAACAAGUCAUUGUCAUUCAAGCGCAAAAAUGGCGAGAUCGUUUUUGUGCGCGAUCUCUUAGCCAGGGCCGCUAAGUGGGUUAACCAUUUUAAAGAUGUGGGAGAUAUUAUAGUGCAAUACGACCCCAAUCAUUUGGCUUUGCCUUGGGCAGGUGUUCGGUUUCUACUCAACGUCGCCAUAGGGGAUCUAAACACGUAUGCCAGCGUACUGGAAGGUAUUACUAAAGUCACGGAACUUUUGUGCAGGAACGCUCUUCUUGAACGUUUACUUGAAGUUCCCAAGUCAAAAACGGCAGAAGAGCUGAGCCGUGCACUGGUGAAGUUGUACGCAAGCAUCUUGACUUAUUUUGCCAAAGCGUGCUCGUAUUAUCAACAAAGUAGAUUUAAGAGCUUUAUCAAGAAUGGAUUGUUCGCUUCACACGACCUAGAAUCAGCCUUGGAAAACAUUGACGAGGCACAAAGGGAUGUAGACCGCAGUGCCACGAUCUUCGGCCUACAAGAGCAUUUGGAAAGCCAUGCCGAGCUCAAGCGAAUGAUCAGAGAAUUUGACGUCCCUAUAAAUCGUUGGGAUAAGGCACUCCAUAGCAUGACGGAUCACCUCAAUGGUAAGUUCCUACUCACUUGGCCUGAUCUUGCAAUUGCUAAUUUGUCAGGGGAACGACGGGUGAAGAUUUUGUGCUGGAUAUCGGACGAACCUUUUGAAAAGUUCCACAUCCAAGCAAACAAAGAGGUCCUGGAAGGAACAGGGAACUGGCUUCUGCGUGAACCGGCCUUUGCACGUUGGAAGCGAGAAAGUGCUUCCUCUAUCUUAUGGCUCCAUGGCAUACCGGGAUCCGGAAAGAGCAAGCUGACGUCCAUUGUCAUCAAGGAUGCCCUCGCAGCUUUCCAGGGAGGCCAUGCCCCAGCUCCCGCUUACUUCUAUUGUUCUCGUAACCCGGCUGAGCCCGGCCGCUCAGAUGCCUCAAAAAUAAUGGCCAGUAUUGCGAGGCAGCUGUCCGCCCCGAGCCCCAGUGGACCGCUUCUCAAACCUGCAAUCGAAAAAUACGCGGAAAAAGAAGCACAUGGUUUUGCAUCUGGGCCGCUUUGCUUGGACGAAAGUAAGAAGUUGAUUUUAGAUCUCCUUGAGCAGUACAAUGGCGCACCUGCUACGGUUGUAAUCGAUGCUUUGGAUGAGUGCAGCUCGGAAAGUCGGGGAGAUCUCUUAUGUGUAUUGGAAGAUCUCCUAGCGGCGUCUCCAUGUCUUAUGAAGAUAUUUGUGUCCAGCCGCGAAGAUCAGGACAUUGUAUACAAAUUGGCGAAAUAUCCGAAUUUGCACCUCUCGUCUGAUUGCAACUCGAUAGACAUAGAUUUCUUCAUACGAGCUGAGACACAGCGUCUGGUCGACGAGAAUUCUCUGCGACUUGGUGAUAGAGAGGAUGAAUUGCGCAAGCGAAUCAUCUACGAGCUCACAACUAAGGCGCAAGGCAUGUUUCGCUGGGCAAGCCUGCAAUUGCGGGCGCUCUGUCAACAGACCACCUGCGAGGCGAUAGAGGAGAGACUUGGGCGACUACCAGCGACGUUGGCAGAGCUUCACAAGGAAAUCCUCACAAGAAUCGAAAACUUUGAAGCUGAUGCGGAUCGGCAGUUCGCUCGAAAUGCCCUGAGUUGGCUGCUCUGUGCCCGAGAACAACUUACGUCAGAUGUCUUCUUAGCCGCCGUGUCUGCAAAAGAACAUGGAUCGUCAUCGACAAUCUCAAAGGAUCAGCUCCUACAAUUGUGCUGCAACUUGGUCAUCUACGACACCUCUGCUGACAGUUUUCGAUUCUCGCACUUGUCAGUUAGAGAAUUUCUCGAACAGCAGGGGACGUAUGAUUCAGCAUCUGUCAACGCUGUGGUGGCGAGAGUCUGUAUUUCCAGUCUCGAUUCCACGGCAUUGGAUGCUCCAAUACAUGCACGGCUUUUGGACUAUUCAACCGUUUUCUGGGCAGAACACGCCAGCACAGCUGCUUCACACCAGACAGAGAUGAGCAAGAUUCUUCGCCACUUCUUAUUCGGUGCGAAUUUCAAUAGUUGGCAUACAGCCGUGAAGGAGCUGUUGGAUGCUCGAAUCGUCGACAGAGACGGAAGGAUUACACCUAGGCUCGGGGCUACUAUAUCGCACUGGCCGCAAGUCUUGCAUGUGGUGUGCACAUACGGGAUACCGGGUGUCGUCAGCCGAGAAGAAUGGAUGGAGUUAGCGAAGAAGCAGCCCAGGAACACUGAAGGUGAAACACAUCUGGAGGUUGCAGCCCGGUGGGGCAGCUGUAGUAUUCUGCAAUGGCAGUUGGACAACGAAAUUCCCUUUGAAGUGACCGAAAAAAUGAUUGAAAAGGCGGUUGAGAACUCCGAGAACGGCAAAGAUAUACUGGCUUUGCUUCUGAACCAUGGAGGAGAUGUGAUUGAGAUCACAGAUGAAAUUGUUGAAAGAGCAGUUCGGAAUGAGAGAAGUGGCAAGGCAAUAAUGGAACUUCUUCUUGACAAGCGAGAGAACGAAGUUCAAGUCAGUUCGAGGGCACUAGCGGAAAUUGCUAAGAAUUCUGAAAGUGGCAAGCAAAUACUGUCAAUGUUCUUCAAGAGGGGCAUGUUCAAACGACCAAUCACGGAGGAAAUGGUGUCGACUGUUGUGAAGCAUUUCGACGAAGUUGUGCUGCGACAACUAAUCGGGGCACAAACAGUCGGUAUAAAGUUCCCAGAUAAACUUGUCGAAACAGCAGCUGAGAAUUCUAGAAGCGGAGGAAGAAUAAUGAUGCUCCUCCUGGAGAUGAGAAGCAUCGGGGAUUCAAUAUCAAAAAGAGGAGUUGAGUUCAUUGCGCGGAAAUUCGACCACACCGUGUUUCGGCUGCUAUACGAGAAGAGAGGGAGCGAGAUCCCAAUCAAAGAGGGGAUAAUCAUAGCAGCAGCCGAAAAUAAGGACAAUGGCGAUGAAAUUUUGCAACUGCUUUUACGCGAAAGAGGAAAUGAGAUUCAAAUCACAGAAAGAAUUGCAAUAGUUAUUGCGCGGAAUUCAAGCCCAGCCAUAUUCCGUUACCUGCUCGACAGUCCACUCCAUACAAUCGGAAUCACGCAAGAGGUGGUCGAAGCAGCAGCUGAAAAUAAACGCAGUGGUGACAAAAUUUUGGAACUCCUUUUUUACGAAAGGGGGGAUGAGAUUAAAAUCACAGAAGGAAUGGCAAUAGCGAUUGCGAGGAAUUCAAGCCCAGCCAUAUUCCGUCAUCUACUCGACAACCCAGUUCAUACAAUUCGAAUCACACACGAGGUGGUCAAGGCAGCAGCUCAGAAUCGUGGCUACGGCAAGGAAGUCUUGGAAUUGCUUCUUAAUAAAAUGAGACAUAAGAUCAAAAUUACAGAUGAGGUUUUGGCGGCAGCUGCUGCAAAUUAUGGCAGCGGCAGGGACAUUCUCACACUACUUCUUACCCUGAGAGGUGAGGAGAUCAUAAUCACCGAAAAAGUGAUUAUGAAAGCAAUUUUAAACGUGGGAAGAAGCGAGGAAAUAUUGCAGCUGCUUCUCGAUAAAGGGGGGAAUGAGGCCGUCAUCACAAGCAGGCAUAUCGAAGUAGCGGCCUUGCUAGGAGCAAAGACCAACAUAUUAUACGGGACAGAAACACUAAAACUGCUUCUUGACAAACAACAAAACGAAUUUACGAUUGCUGAAAAGGUGAUUGAGAAGGUGCUCAUCAGAUUGUCGAGAGGGUAUGGGAGUAGAGAGGCAGUGCUUGAACUGCUCCUGACAAAGAGCGGGUGCGAUUUCCCGCUCACAGAAGGUGUUGUUGAAAGUAUUGCACGGCAUUGUCGGUGCUCCACGUUCCAGCUGCUACUCAAUAAGCUCGAUAACGAGAUCCCGGAUAUACAAAACGCCAUCGAAGCAGCGGCUGAGAACGAGAACAGCGGUCAGCAAAUCGUGCAACUGCUUCUUGACAAACGAGGGCACGAAAUCAUAGUCACAGAGAAGAUGAUUAAAGCAGCAGCUCGGAACUCCACAUACGGCAAGGAAAUACUAGAAUUGCUUUUCGAAAAGCGAGGGGAUGAAAUGCAAAUUACUGAUGAAGUCCUCGUCGCAGCGGCUAGAAAUUCAUAUACUGGUAGAGAAGUGAUGAAAUUGCUUCUCCGCAGAUCUAGGGAUAAUAUGUCAAUUACUGAUCAGGUUGUCACGAAAGCGGCUGCGAAUGAAGGUUGCGGUGACAGAAUCCUGGAGCUGCUUUUGGAUAGAGAAGGGGCAAAAUUGCUCGUCACAGAAAAAGCAAUUGCGAAGGCGAUCCGGAACCUGCUACGCGGCAAGAGCAUAUUGGUAUUGCUCCUUGGCACGCUCGGAGACGAGAUCUCAAUCACGGAGGAAUUCAUCGAACACCAAGCAUCGACUUUCAGGGGCGGCGAAAAAAUACUCGAGAUAAUUCUGAGCAAGCCUGGGAGAAGAAUACGGAUGACGGCGAGUGUGGUUGAGAGCCUUGGCUUCUCAAUGUUCCCAAGAGAAUUCCGGCAAUUCUUCAUAGCGCGACGCGACGAAUUUAAAGUCACCAAUGAGUUGAUUGCGGGAGCACUUAGGGUCUGGGGCGGGAAAAAGGUUAUUCCUCUGCUUCUUUCUAAACAAGAGCACGAAAUUAAAAUAACAGAAACGAUGAUGGUCCAGGCUGCGGAACAAUACGACGACGGAGGCAAAGAACUUCUUAUGUUUCUUUUUCAGAAACACGGGAAAGACGCUGAAAUAACCAAUAAGAUUGUUACAGCCGCAGCUGGCAACUCUGGAAGCGGCAAGGAAAUACUGGAACUGCUGCUUGACCAACGAGGUGAAGAGUUUAUGAUCACGGAAGAAGCCAUCCUAACAGCCGCUCGGAACCCUAGAGGCAAGGAGAUACUCGUAAUGCUUCUUAGCAGAAAGGGGGAGUGGGUUCGUAUCACAGAUGUUGUGGUCGCAGCCGCGGCUGGGAACUCUGAAAGUGGCAAGGAAAUACUAGAACUGCUUCUUAAACACCGAGGAGAUGAGAUCACGAUCACGGAAGAAGUUGUUAUAGCAGCCGCUGGUAACUCUGCAAGUGGUGAAGAAAUACUGAAACUGCUUCUUGAACACCGAGGAGAUGAGUUUAUGAUCACGCAAGAAGUUGUUAUAGCAGCCGCUGGUAACUCUGCAAGUGGUGAAGAAAUACUGAAAUUGCUUCUUAAGAAGCAAGGGGGGCGGGGUCAUAUCACAGAUAACAUGGUCACAGCUGCAGCCGGGAACUCUCACAGUGGCAAGGAAAUACUAGAAAUUCUUCUUGGGCACCAAGGAGACGAGAUCAUGAUCACGCAAGAUGCUGUAGUAGCAGCUGCUGGAAAUCCGGGUGGGCCAAAAAUACUGAAGCUUUUUGUCGAGCGUAGUGGGGUGGAUUUGACGAUCACAGAGAACGUUCUCACGGCAGCAGCCGGGAAUCAUUUGAGUGGCAAAAAGGUCCUUGAACUUUUUUUUAGCAGAGACCAAAGGGAAAUCCAAAUCACAGUGGAUGUGGCCAAAGCGAUAGCUGAAAAUAUCGGAAGUGGCAAGGAAAUUCUUGAAUGGCUCCUGGACAAACAAGACAAUGAGGCAAUCAUCAAAAAUGAAGUUGUUGAGGCAGCAAUUGCUGGCUACGACGGCGAGAAGAUACUGGACAUGCUGCUUAAAUAUGGCAGAAGAUGGGAAACACAGGUCUCGGAAAGGAUACUGAAGACCACUGCGCAAAGGUUCGGCCCCAAAAUCAUCCGAGAAUUACUCAACAUGCGCGCUGGAAUCCCAAUCACAGCAGAGGUAGUCGAGGCAGCAAUUGGAAACCAACAACACAGCAAGGAAGCACUAACGGUGCUUCUGAACAACCAACAAACCGAGUUGCAAAUGACCAGUGAGGUGAUGGCGGCAGCUGCAGGGCAUUGGAAACAUGGAGACGAACAUGUGAAACGGCUCUUCGAGAGUGGCUAUGGGAUGGGCUUUCCGAUCACAGACGAAAUUCUCGAAGCCGCAGUUAGGAAUGAAGACAGAGGUAUGAAAGUGAUGGAGCUACUUCUUGACAGGCGAGAGAACGAAAUCAGAGUAACAGCGGCGGUGGUCAAAGCAGCUGCUAGAAAUCGCCAAAGCGGCGCGGCAAUAAUUAAAUUGCUCUUCGAUAAGCUAGGUGGAAAUUUCCCGAUAACAAUAGCGAUCCUCAACGCGGCAAGUCCUGGUACAGGACCGUGUAUCCGUGAAGUUGACUACGCAGUCCUGCGUCUACUGCACGAAAGGCUUUGGAGCGACACCUCAGUCAUGGUACAGGUGCUCAAGGAGGCAUUCGGGAAUAGGAGCAUUACUGACAAGGUCUUGGUGCUAUUAUAUCUGUGGGUAAUGGUCUUUGCCAGCCUGUAUGGACAUCUUUACCGGUUCUGGCGAAAGAUGAUC